UUUAAUUAUUUAGAGAUAAGUCAUGGCCUGCAGAUGAAACUAAAUUUUGGAAUUCAAAUUAGUCAAUUUAUUGGAUAACAAACAAACAGCAGCCUUUGAAGAUAUCACAUAGUCAUAUUCUUUUUAUUCUGUUACAGACAGAAGCAAGAAGUUCAUAUCCCAUCACCUAGUCAUAGUAUAUAUAUUGCCUCAUUUACCGCGCUUGUUUGCUUCAAAGCUGUGGACUCUGAAGUGGGUAUCUGGAAAAACUUUUUUCGUUUUCUUUUUUUUUUUUUCAAAUGGAAAAAUUCUAUGUUCUUUGUCUCCUGGUUUUCUUCUCUUUUUCUCUGUUUCAUGGAGGAAUAGCCAGAGCUGUCAAAUCCCAAGGUGGAUCAGAAGAAUGGGGUUAUGUUGAAGUCAGACCAAAAGCACACAUGUUUUGGUGGCUUUAUAAGAGUCCUUAUAGAGUUGAACAGCCCUCCAAGCCAUGGCCAAUCAUUCUAUGGCUACAGGGUGGACCUGGUGCCUCAGGAGUUGGAAUUGGAAACUUUGAGGAGAUUGGGCCAUUAGACACCAACCUGAAGCCAAGGAACUCUACUUGGCUAAAAAAAGCUGAUCUUUUGUUUGUGGACAACCCUGUUGGAACGGGAUACAGCUUUGUGGAGGACACAAAGUUGUUUGUGAAAACUGAUGAUGAUGCAGCAACCGAUUUAACUACUUUGCUGAUUGAAUUAUUUAAUAGAAAUGAAAGCCUCCAAAAGAGUCCCCUGUACAUUGUGGCAGAGUCUUAUGGAGGAAAAUUUGCUGUCACUGCUGGAUUAUCAAUUCUAAAAGCCAUUGAAGCUGGAAAAUUGAAGCUAAAACUUGGAGGAGUUGCCUUGGGAAAUAGUUGGAUCUCACCAGAGGAUUUUGUGUUUUCAUGGGGGCCUCUUCUUAAGGAUGUUUCACGGCUAGAUAACAAUGGAAUGGAGAAAUCAAAGAGUCUAGCUGAGGAGAUAAGGCAGCAACUCAAAGAUGGUCAAUAUGAAGAAGCAACAAAUACUUGGAGUCAACUUGAGUCAGUAAUUAGCCAAAACAGCAAUUCAGUGGAUUUCUACAAUUUUCUUCUGGAUUCAGGAUCGGGCCCCCUAGCUUUAACCUCUUCUGCGAUCUCUAAUGGGAUUUUUGCAGUUAAAAGAUACUCAAGAUAUCUGAGUUCCUUGAGGGUUUCUCCAGGCAAUGAUGGGGGUGAUCUUGAUAGUUUGAUGAAUGGUGUCAUUAAGAAAAAGCUUAAGAUCAUCCCAGCUAAUGUCUCAUGGGGAGGGCAGUCAGAUUAUGUUUUCUCACGUUUGGCAGGUGAUUUUAUGAAUCCAAGGAUUGCUGAGGUUGAUGAGCUUCUUGCUAAAGGAGUCAAUGUCACUGUAUACAAUGGGCAACUUGAUGUGAUUUGUGCAACAAAGGGGACUGAAGCCUGGGUUGAUAAGCUCAAGUGGGAAGGACUCCAGGAUUUUCUAAGCAAGGAAAGAACUCCUCUGUAUUGUAAGGGCGAUCAAGGAACAAAAGGCUUCCUCAAAUCAUACAAAAAUAUGCAGUUUUACUGGAUUCUUGGGGCAGGACACUUUGUACCUGUGGAGCAGCCCUGUGUAUCAUUAAACAUGGCAGGUGCAAUCACACAGUCUCCAGCUGCAGAAGCUUCUUAAGUAGGAAAAGAAAGAAGAUUUGACGUUAUUUGUUGACAUUUCAACAAACAAACAACAAGGAAACAGAGGAUUGCUUGUCUUCAGAAAUUGUCAGAAGCUGAGACUACACGAUAAGCAAUUACUACAGAAUGUAGAUGAUUCAAGAUUGGUGAAUUGGAAAGCUUCUCCAAUUUGUAAUUUAUUAUGAUCACAGUGGAAAAAAAAAAAAGGAGAUAAUACAAUAAGUGAUUGAUUAAGUUGUUUGACCAUUGCAAAUUAAAAAAGAAACAAAAAAUAAAAGUCGCAGAACAAAAGCUGAUAUCCAAGAUUUACAGAAUAGGCGUUUCUAGCAUUGUAGUUUCGGAGUCUUUGAUUUCGAGACCAAAAUGAGACAAUCCUGAAGCAAUUUCUCUGUAAGUUAAGGUGAAAACAACAAUCCCCUGCCAAAUUUCGUAGUUGA